AUGUCAGAAGUACCUGUGUCGUUUGCAAUUCAUGCCGAGCCGUCUUCCGUGCUCGCCGUGGUGCGCAGGGAGCCGCGACCUCAGGUUGUACACCUGGAGAAAGUGAGGUAUUUCGUUCGCUACAGCACUUCCUGGGUUCUGCUCACGUCAGCCGGGCAGCGCGAUUGUCGAAUCGCGUCCCGUGCCGUGCGCAGUUCGUGGCGUGAUGUUCCCGGCCUGCUACUUUCAAUUAUGAAGAUCACUGGCUAUCAGUGUGAUUUCACCGGCGCACGACGCAACAGUACAGUAGACAGCCGCUCCGAGGAGAGUUUGAUGUGGUACGAUGACGACGAUUUGAUGGGAGUUGUGUCUGCACCUGGCUUGCCUGACCGCAAAUGCGCCGGCGCUGUUAAAAUGCGCCUGCGGGCGCGACCCUGGUGGUAA